AUGUCUUGGGACAGUUUGCCGUCAAAGGCUUCGUUGAAGUCGAAACCCUGGGAAGCUCAUGUUUCCGACCAAGAAUUGGAUGAUUUCAAGCAGCUGCUGAAACUUUCCAAGAUUGGACCAAAGACUUAUGAGAAUCAGCUUACUGAUCGCUACUUCGGUGUCAAUCGUGAAUGGCUCGCCGAAGCAAAACAGCACUGGGAGACCAAAUAUGACUGGAGAAGAGCCGAGAAACGCCUGAACGCGUUCCCUAACUUCAAGGUGCCGAUCGAGUCAGAUGGCGUAACCUUUGACAUCCAUUUCACUGCUUUGUUCUCGCAGAAAUCGGAUGCAGUCCCGCUGCUCCUUCUUCAUGGGUGGCCUGGGAGUAUCCUCGAGUUCAUGGGCACUCUCGAAAGUUUGAGCUCGAAAUAUCAACCAGAAACCCUACCAUUCCACGUGAUUGUACCCUCACUUCCUGGGUAUGGCUAUUCUUCUGGCCCUCCGCUGGACAGGAACUUCACGACAGAGGACUGUGCAGCUGUGCUCGACAAGCUAAUGGUCGGCCUCGGUUUCGGUGACGGGUAUAUCUCUCAGGGUGGUGACAUUGGAAGCUUUUUGACAAGGAUUCUGGUCGUGAAAUCAGAUUCAUGCAAGACUGGCCACAUCAACCUGUGCAUCGGAGUGAGCCCUCCUGAUGAAAACUCAAUUGGCCAACUCAGCGAGAAAGAGCGAAGCGCCUAUGCUCGAGCAGAAGACUUCGGUCUACUUGGCAAUGCCUAUGCUCGAGAGCAUGGCACUCGUCCUGCGACAAUAGGUCUAGUGCUCUCAUCUAGUCCAGUUGCACUCCUCGCAUGGAUUGGUGAAAAGUUUCAGCAGUGGACAGAUGAAGAUCCUCCCAUUGACGAGACACUUGAUUCAGUCACGCUCUACUGGUUCACAGAGUCUUUCCCGCGAGCGAUCUACCCAUACCGCCAAUUUUUUGGACCGAAGCCCACUUUUUUUCACAAUGACCCGAAUUUCUACAUGAAGAAGCCCUUUGGUUACUCAUGGUACCCAAAGGAGCUCGCCCCUAUCCCGGUUGAUUGGGUUGCAAAGACAGGAAAUCUGACGUGGUAUCGUCGUCACGAUGAAGGAGGCCAUUUCGCGGCUAUGGAGAAGCCAAAGCUGUUCGUUCAGGAUAUGGAGGACUUUGUUCAAGAGGUUUGGCCAAAGGUGAAGUAG